AUGAGUUAUCAGAACAAACAUAAUGAUGUGGUGUUUGCUUAUGCAGAAAUUAUUUAUGCAAACCAAAACCAAUUAAAUAUUCUUACUUUAAAAAAUUGGGUAUUGUUUAUAGAUCUGAUUUCUUAUUAGAAUACUCAAUUUUGUAAUUGUAAAACCAAUUAUAAUAGUAUGCCUAAAUGA